AUGUUUCCUACUCCGAGCAUGAGCACAAGAUGCAUCUUGUGUGCAUUCCGAGAGCUAGAAUCUUCCUCGGGGAGAUCACUCAUGAAAGAGAGGAUCAGAUUGAAGUCAUUCGCAGGAAAUCCAAGGCUUAAGUCCAAUGUAAAGCAGCAAAGACACAGUUCCGGAAAUAGCUUUAGAAAGAGUCGUGAUAACUUAGAUUGCGAUCGUAGAGAACCAAAACAGCACGGCCACUUACGGAUAAGGCGUUCAGAACCACGCUGGAUGAGAAGUGGAUCAACAUAUGGUCUAUUUGGAGAGCUCCUGCUAAAUGAACUUCAUCAACUUAAGCAAUUCUUGACUGCAAACACCAACAAAACAUUAGGGGAGUCAUGGGGUAUUCAAUCAGCAAGAGACAUGGAGCUAAAGCUAUCUCAAUUUCGCCACAAAUUAAUAGAGUGUAUCUCUAUGGCCGAAGAAAGAAGCUUAUCAAAGACAGAAAAUCCACUUUUUUAUCGUUUUAGACAAGCAUUUGUAGCGGGGAGCAUCAAUGCGCUAAAACAGGAGCUCAAAUAUUCAUUUCUCAGCUCUGUGGUAUCUAAAGAUUUCUCACAGAAACAGGAAAUACGGCUCGAAGAACUUGCCGACCUACGCUAUCCCGCAGAAUGGUAUCCAUCUACAAGGUCUCUUCAGCGAACUGUUCAUCUUCAUGUUGGCCCUACCAAUUCAGGAAAAACAUAUCACGCCCUCAAGAGGCUAGAAGCCGUUGAGAAUGGUGUCUAUGCAGGACCUUUACGACUCCUUGCCCACGAAGUAUACAGUCGAUUUAACAAUAAGGGCAAACUUUGUGGCUUAAUUACUGGCGAAGAAAAACGUAUUCCGCCAAAUUUAGCUAGCAACAUGUAUAGCUGUACAGUAGAGAUGAUUCCGCUGAACGUGCAACUGGAUGUAGCCGUUAUUGACGAAAUACAAAUGUUGACCAGCCCAGAUCGUGGAUGGGCAUGGACCACAGCAUUACUUGGAGUUCAAGCUAAAGAAGUUCACCUCUGUGGUGAAACACGGACAACACAGAUUAUAAAGGAUUUAUGUGCACUUACGGGAGAUACGCUCGUUAUACAUGAAUAUGAGCGACUCAGCCCCUUGGAAGUAGAAAAAGAAAGUAUAAAGGGAGAUCUCACCAAGCUUCGGAAAGGAGACGCCAUAAUUUUAUUCUCUCGAUUAGCGAUACACGGCAUGAAGCAAGGGAUUGAGAAAGCAACUGGGAAGCGGUGUGCUGUAGUAUAUGGCUCAUUACCACCGGAAACGCGCGCUCAGCAGGCAGCACUCUUCAAUGACCCUGAUAAUGAUUACGAUUUCCUCGUUGCUAGUGAUGCUGUUGGAAUGGGACUAAAUUUGAGUAUUCGUCGCGUUAUCUUUGAGUCUACCCUCAAGUUUGAUGGUACAGAACGUCGGGUAAUGGAAACUUCUGAGAUAAAGCAGAUUGCUGGACGUGCAGGAAGAUACAAAACUGCAAACGAUGAUAAAAAGAAAGAUAUAAACAAUGACAAGCAACCAAUAGUUGCCUCGGGUCUAGAUAUUCCCGAAGCUUCCAUCAAGGAAUCUACGAUGGGUUUGGUAACCACCUUAGCCCCAUCAGACUUCAAAGUUGUCAAAAAUAGCAUGAAAAUUGACGCACCGGCCAUUAAAACUGCUGGAAUAACACCCCCUGCGGAAAUAGUGCUUCGGUUUGCAAGCUAUUUUCCACCUAGCACCCCAUUUAGCUACAUUCUGCUUCGGCUUCAUGAAAUCUCCAGCACUGCUGCUCCCUUCUUCUUAUGCGUACCACGCGACGAAAUUUCAAUUGCUGAUCUAAUACAGCCCUACGACAUCCCAACUCGAGACCGUUUAACUUUCACCGCAGCGCCUGUUUCUACUCAUCAUACUGGUAUCCCAGAGAUCAUCAAGGAAUUUGCUGCGUGUCUAGCUGGUCAAAGUGGUGGUGAGUUAUUAAAAAUGAAAACAUUAAAACUUGAACUUCUUGAUAUCGAUAUAAAAGAUCACCAUCAAGGCUCAAAAGGUUAUCUAAGAGAAGCUGAAGCCCUUCAUAAGGCCCUGACACUUUACCUCUGGCUAAGUUACAGAUUUGCUGGCGUGUUUGUAAGUCAAACACUCGCAUUUCAUGUCAAAGGCCUCAUAGAAGCGAAAAUCGAUGAGUGCCUUGCAGUAGCAACAUAUAAUCCUGAGCGAAGAAAAAAUAUAUCCGAAAAAAGUCGGGUACUCCAAUCUAAGGAGAAAGCUGUUUUGGAGGCUAUGUUAGACUCUACAGCUAUCGAGGAGGACAAAAGAUUCCUAAAAGUAGAGUCUAGUCCAGGGACAAUACUGGAACCAACAAUUGUUUGA